AUGAGGGGUAAAAUAUCAAAAGCGGAGGUAGGUAACGGAGGAGGGGUUAUUGCUGUCUGUCUGGGCCCGGACCUACAUAUCUACCGUAUCGAUAAGCACAAAAAAGUCGACCGGUUCGGCGAACUCCCCUCCUCGGCAGUCACUCAUCAAUUACUGGCAGCCUGCUCGCCAGCUUUCAUUCACGCUCCCCGGAAGCUUGAUUCAGUCGUCUGCCUACCCAUGGUCUCAUUCACCUCCGAAUACAUCAGUGUCGGUGGAAAUAGGCACCCCGCCGCCGCGGACUGGGAUGUUCAUUCCGGCAUCCUCGCCUACGGUGCAGAUAAUAAUGUAGCCUUGUGGGAUCCUCUCGCAGAAUCACGUCGGGGAGUUUAUUCGGUUCUAGUUGGCCAUACCGACAAGGUCAGCGUUGUCAAAUUUUAUACCUGUCCCACAACGGGGACGAGGUUACUUCUGACUGGAUCUGUCGAUUGCACCGUACGAUUAUGGCGUGCCGAUCCCAUUGACCACAGGCGAUUCGCCCAUGCGCUUACCUUGACGGAUCACACUGGUUCAGUUAAUGCAAUAGCUACAAAUUCCGGGGUUGAUAUUAUUGCAACUGGCGGCGCAGAUGCAACUGUCAAGAUAUGGAGGAUAUCUAUUCAAGAUUCUGUCAAAGGAGAGCUAUUGGAAAGCAUACCAACGAAACCGCGCUACUUCCCACUUGCACUGGCACUGGCGCCGCUUCCAACGGACACGCAGGACAGACCUGUUGCAUUAGCAGUUGCUGGCACCACUAACAUAGUGCAAAUAUACGCUGCUGAGAAUACUGUUGACACACCGCGGUUUAAGGUAUCUGCUACACUUUCCGGGCAUGAGGCAUGGGUGCGCUCGCUUGCCUUCACUGUGGACAUGCACAGCAAGACAGGGGACCUCUUGCUUGCUUCCGCUAGCCAGGACAAGUACGUUCGGUUGUGGCGCCUGAACCGUGGAGAGGCUGCAUCGUCUGGGUUAGUGGGAUCAGAGGAAGAUGCUGUUCUGGGUGGAUUCGAGCCAACAUUGUCCAACAAAGCCCACCAAUUCGAGGCAGCAAGAUCCAAAUAUUCUAUGACCUUUGAAGCUCUUUUGUUUGGUAAUGAAGAUUGGGUAUACACUGCUGCCUGGAACCCUAACCCAGAGCGGCAGCAACUUCUCACUGCUUCCGCAGAUAAUACUCUGACCAUCUGGGAACAAGAUCCGUUAUCCGGAGUGUGGCUUUCCGCGGAACGGAUGGGGGAGCUGAGUGUACAGAAAGGCUCUACUACAGCCACCGGUAGUACUGGUGGAUUUUGGAUUGGCCUUUGGUCGCCAAAUGGCUGCCAAAUUGUCUGCCUCGGACGUACAGGUAGCUGGAGGGCGUGGAGAUACCAAGCUGAAUCUGAUACCUGGGAUCAAACCUUGGGAAUUACUGGACAUGUGCGAUCUGUUAACGGAAUCCAAUGGGAACCUUCUGGUGGUUAUCUUCUAUCAACAAGUGCUGAUCAAACAACCCGCCUUCAUGCACAGUGGCUUCGGGAAGGGCAAAAGUCGUGGCACGAAUUCUCGCGACCGCAGAUUCAUGGUUACGAUUUGAACUGCGUUGACACUCUUGGCCCGGACCGCUUCGUAUCAGGUGCUGAAGAGAAGCUGUUACGGGUGUUCAAAGAACCUAAACCAAUUGCCCAACUGCUGAAGAACCUUUCCGGACUCGCACAGAAUACAGAGGGAGAGCUUCCUGACACAGCUCAGAUUCCAGUUUUGGGGUUGUCCAAUCAAGCUGUGGGUGAAGAAGCCCCUGUGGAAACAGAUACGGCAGAGGCCGAGAGUAUCGGACAAGCGCAGGCAUAUCAAUCAAUACUAUCAAAUUCGACUCAGCCUCCUCUCGAGGACCAACUGGCUCGAUAUACCCUGUGGCCUGAACACGAAAAACUUUACGGCCAUGGGUACGAAAUAUCCGCCGUGGCCGUAAGUCACGACCGCACACUCAUCGCCACUGCAUGCAAGGCCAGCUCGAUAGAUCAUGCAGUGGUGCGUUUGUACGACACAUCCGAUUGGCACGAGAUUCGACCAUCACUUGCAGCUCAUACUUUGACCAUUACCAGUCUCUCCUUUUCAGCUGAUGACAAAUAUCUGCUCAGUGUUGGACGGGAUCGGCAGUGGGCGGUUUAUCGUCGGAGUGAAACAGACUCAUCAAGCUUCACACUCAUUACGUCCAACCCCAAGGGCCACUCGCGCAUGAUUCUCGAUGCGGACUGGGCCCCUGUCUCAGAGUCUCAGCUCCCCAUUUUUGCGACAGCUGGUCGAGACAAGUUGAUCAAGUUGUGGCAGCUGUCAGGGGACCUGGCUGAGUGCAAGGCUACCAUUCCUUCGAGGAGCUCUGUCACUUCCCUGUCCUUCCUUCCGCAUAUCUACAGAGGGAUGCUAUACCUUGCAGCGGGAGAGGAUGAUGGGAAGCUCUCUAUUCAUCAGAUCAAAGUAGACGGCGUCGAACCUAGCCCCUUGGCAAGCCCUGAUAGAGACCAGUCACCGUCAAAAGCCAUCACAGAACUAUCAUGGCGUCCUCUCACAGAACAAAGCGAGGCAAGUGCCGAUAAACAGGAUUUCGAGCUUGCUGUUGCGAGCGACGACAAUUCGAUACGUAUAUAUAGCAUAUCUGACAUGGUAUCGGAACCAUGA